AUGGUGCUGUCCAGCUCAAUUAUGGACAUUUUUUACAUCUGUGCAGUGGUCUUAUGUCAUCAUGUAAGCGGUUUUUUAUUAAUGUGACAUUAUUUCUCAUUAAUCACAAUUUAAUUUUUAAAAUACUCAGCGGUUAAUUCCAAACAUUUUAUAGCAAAUCCAAGUGCACGGUCAUGUAUUUAUCAUCAUGUCAUAUGGUCUAGAAUACUUUCUAAUGCGCUGGUGGUGGCCUCAGAAUCUUCUUUCUGGAAUGGAAUACUUUGUGGUUGUUUGGGCUGUUUUAAUAUUGCCCGCUCAAUUCUACUACCGAUAUUAUUUGCUCACAACUGUUGAGUAAGUCAAUCGUUUUCAUGUACAGAUGUUAUUAUUACACCUUAUAAUGGUAAACAUUAAUUGAGAGUGUUUCAACUUUCUUACCACUCCCCUGUUACAGUGAUGAUCGACAAAAAGAUUGGAUGUUGUUCUAUUUGGUGGGGAUAUCCUUUAUCCUGACUUGUCCUAUGUAUUGUCUCACCAUAGCGUCGCAUUACAAAGCCUUUAAGCGAGGAAGAGCGGACUACGAGAAGCUGCUGGAUCCUACUUUCUUCGAUCCAACUGGACAUACACAUAUCACCGCUGCAGUCGACUUUGUAAGUUGGUUCCUUUAUCUUUCGUUUCUUGUUACUUUUCUGAACAAAUUGUAUCAUAAAAAAAAUUUUAUAGCAAGAUUGGGAAGCAAUUGCCGGAUUCUUUUGGUCUGGGAUGGUAAUGACGGGGGCCUAUAUGAUGGCUCUCUAUUUUGGCUACAUGUCGAUAAAGAAGAUCGUUCCAGAGGGGGGAGUCACCACAAAAAAGGUUCAAAAGCUCCGUGUUCAAUUCAUGCGGAAUUUGAUCGCCCAGGUAACAACUAUCUUGUUUCAAUAUUACGUAUUAAUACGUAUGGCUUUAAUUAACAGACCAUAAUAAUAUUUUCAGCUCAUAGUCAACCACAAUUAAUUGAUAACCUCAGUAACAAUAAUUGUUUCAGACAAUAAACAGUUAUCUCUUCGCCGUAUUCCCCAUGCUCAUAAUUGUGGCCAGCGUUUUUAUUGGUGCCAAUACAAAGAAUUACGGUAUUGGGAUCAUGUUAGUGAGUGCCUGGUGUCCUUUUAUGAAUGCCGCUCUCUCACUUCUCAUUAUUCGCCCAUACCGGGAAUAUGUUUUUGGUCGAUUUAUAAAGUCGGCAGAGAAUACAUCAACGGAAAAUAAAAGUGUCAGCCGAGUUCCGAGUACUGGGACAGGCCAAAAGGUUCUCGAUUAGAAUGUUUAAAGAACGGAUCCACUCAUAACUUGUAACCUGUACAUUCCACAUGUCUUCCGGAUCUCAAAUUGCUCUUUCCGAACAUUUCUGUACCCUGUGUACCGUUCUAGUCGCUGUUCCUUUAUUUACCUCAUUUGAUACAAUAAUCCGAUUGUUCGUAUCUCCAGACAGAACGAGUCACUACAACAUUUUAUUGAUACUUUUUGCAAUGUUAUCAUGUAUAUACUUUUCCCCGCGAAUAAAGGGCCAAAUAAAGUUGUUUUGUGACUCAUUUUCGUACGAAAUCUAUUUGACCCAAAAUAAAUAACAAUACUAUAUAUCUACCACGUUCAAAGGCAAGCCCGAAAUACGAAACGUCAAGUUUUUAUUCCAUAUAUAGUGCUUUCAAAUCAUAGUUUGGCUUCAAACGAUGAACCCCUUACAUUAUUGUCUUCUGUUGUCAUAUUCAGUUCUGGUUUCCGCAAAGAUUAAUGCUACUAUUUCCUUACAGACAGAAGAUGACAAAUGGAUUUUUGAGAAUCUACUGAAAAAUCUGAAUAUUCCUAAUCACAAGUAGGUCUGAGUUAUCGUAAAUUUCCGUCAUAACAUUUUUUGCUUCUUAGAUCAAAGCCAACUAAAAAAUCGCAGAAGAAACCGCAGGCCAUAGCUGAUAUUCGCGUAUAUCGCGUCGACAGUGGCGAUGAAGAGAGGGGUUAUACCUUUUCUGAUUUGGCGAAUGAGAAGAAACGACAGGUUAAUGACGACUUUAAGUACACUAAAAGACCGAAAUUCGAUGCGACCACAAUUAAUCCAAACCCUCCAAUUCCAAUUCCUUACAACUUUAGUACACAGGCACCUCCCCCCAGCCCCCAACCUCAGCCGUAUCCCCAGCCUUACCCACAGCCCUAUCCUCAACCACAACCGUAUAAUCCUGGAGGUUAUGGAUUCGGUAUUCCCAUUUUUGUUCCAAUCUGCUCUUGGUUCCCGGUGUGCCCAUUCUCUCAAACCCAAACUCCACCAUCGUAUGUGACCCCUAUCACGUAUCCCGUCCCUGUAACAACCACCCCUUGCUCAACGACAACAACAUCAGCUGCAACCACAAACCCAGUCACAACAACUCCUUGUUCUACGACGACAGCGAUUACUACAACAACGUGUUCCGUGGUCACUACAACAACCAUAUGUCCUUUGACUUCGUCCGCGAAGUAUCCAACAAACCCCCCAUAUCCAAUUCCGGUAACCUACCCUGUAUCCACCAACCCUCCGUAUGUUGUGCCAAAUACCACUGCGCCUUAUUUCGUUCCUACUGCCUCAUCAACUAUAACGUAUGCGACAUCGUCCCCCUCUCUACCAACGGCCCCGUAUGUAAUGCCUUCCACAUACGCAACGUCUUCUGCACAACCAUAUGUAACAUAUCCAACGCAGCCUACAACAACAAUAUGCACAAAGAUCACAACUACACCUUCUUCUUACGUAACUGCAGCGCCGUAUGUUGUUCCUAACACGUCUGGUUCGUAUGCAACUGCCAGCACCACUGCUGCUGGAUAUGCAUUGCCGUCAACAACAACGGGUAAGCUUUCCAAAUUGUUGUUACUAAGAACGCAAACAUUUUAUUUUUAGCAAAGAGUUCUGCUGAAAGUUCGGUAGCCACGUUGUUGUCGAUACUCAAUUGCCUGGCCGUUCUGUUUCUUGUCAAAUCGCCAUAAUUGUUGAUAAUUAUAUUUGUAUGAUACGAUGAAUAAAGUAAGACAUCAAAUACCUUUGUGCUUUUUGUGACUAAUGCUGUCCUUUCUUUCCCAGGGUCCUAUCAGAAAGUAGAUUCCCUCAGUUUUGGAAGUAAAAAGGAAAGAACCCCGAGGCGGUCAUCUUCCUUGCCUCAGGUCAAGAUUGUUUGGCAAAGAAUCGAAAGAAAUCAUUUCAGUUUCCAUAGCGAUUUCUUUGCGGACUUUUUUGGUUAUAAAAUAAUAUUACGGAGGUGCAUUGAAAUUGUUGUGUGGGAUUAGAUUCACAAGGAUCACACAUAGUUUAUGAUUGCGCCGUCAAUGGGCAGAUGGAUAGUAAACCUAACUCAUAGGCCUUCUGUUGUAUUUAUCGCAGAUCUUGUGUCGUAUUUAUGACCAACAUUGGGCAUGUCACGACAUGAUGACUAACUUCCAUGUAAAUUUCCAUAUUAUUAUAUGCAUAUUCCUCCAAAAUUUGCUUUUCCCAUUCUGUAUCGCAUUUCAGACUCUUCAAACAAUACUCUAUUACGCGUCCAGUUCAAAUGUUAUCCGAUCUUUGAGUUCGGGGCUUUAAUCGCGACAAAUCUCCUUUUCAAUUGUCCAAACCAAUUUCUUCUGUCAAGUUUAGCCUCGGGGCUUUAACCUUUCCAUUCGGUCCCAUACCUGAGCCGCUCUUUCUGUGCGUCUCUUCAUUUUUCGUGUUCUUUUUCGUACCAAAAUUUGCAUGUCCAUCACGCACAAAAAAAGCGCUCAACCCGACGCGAGCCCUGCGGCAAUACGCUGAGGGAAACGCUUUUUUUGUCGCUCCGACGUCUUCAACGCGGCCGUCAAGCCUUGAACAAACAGUCCGAGGAAUGCGGUCAUUCUCUUUCGCCCUGAGGGCAAGGGAAAGAAAGGUGAAUGUAAAUGAAUGCGAGAGUUUCUUCCGAAGAAGCCCCGACCCACCUGAGUCACCGGCAGCCUGGGGGUCAAAAAAGUGAAAAUUGGCCCCAUUUCCCUCCAAGGAAAACGGAAUUCGUAAUUUCAGCGUUUUUAUUAGAGAAGAUCGCCGAAAGGGCCUGAUUGCUAUUUUUUAUAUUAUUAUUCAGGCGUUGGGGGAAGACAGGGUUUUUGGGGGUUCUUGGGGCUUUAUGGCCAUUGUCGAGAUAAAUGCAUGUUUCUUUUCAUUACCGUAGUUACUUUCUGAAUCCCGAGAACUUCACAAUUACUUAAAUAUAAAGCAUAGCAAUUUAAAUUUACAAACCAAGAUCACGUUUUCCUGCGGCAUAUUUGAAUAAACAACCCUUUAUUACAUUUUUCCCACAAAAUUCUUUGCUUUUCUCAAACCAACUAGUGCUUAUCACCAAAGUCUCGAUUAUCACCCAUUUUUCAAAACAUUUCUCCGGUUUUCUUCGUUUCGAAGCGAUUGAUUCAUAAAAAUGGGGAUUCUGGGUAAAGCCGAUUAUUCAUAAGCAGAGGUUUCUUUUUAAAAUUUAGAAACCAUUCAUUGCCCAGUAGCAUAAAAUGUUUUAAUUUGUUUUAAUGACCUCAAUGACCCUUCUGUUUAAACCGUUUGAAGCUUGAAUUUAGAGCAUGUUUCGGCUUCGGAUUACGGCUUUGAAACGGGUUUUGCGCAAAGCCUUUUCCCUCUGACCUCCGAUUACUUUUCAUUGGGGUCAGAUUGAAGUAACGGAGGUUUUGAGGAUCUUCAGAGCGUGCUUGUUUACUCUGGCCAUGAAAUUCGAUUGAGAAAGACUUUGCUUUUCCGAUGGAUUGUUGAUUUGGGAAAUCUUUGGGUUUACAUAAAGCGGCAGAAUUUCCGGUACUAUGACGUAAUAUUGUAUAUCCUCUCCGUUUACGCUUACUUUUUCAAGUUUCAACGUUAGUCGUUUACUUCUUACUUUCCGGAAUGUCAUCUUCUGGUAUUUAAAUUUGCCCAAACACGUGAAGGGAAAGAAAAAACCAUUACAAGGCAAGCGGGCUUGCAUCGCAAUCAAAAACACCGAGACUCAGCAAACAAAGUUUCGAUCCUGGUUUCCUCGCUCGCCGUCUUUGAGCCUGAGGGCAGUAAAAGGAAAGGAAGUGUGAUCCCCUUCGGUCCGUAUAAUACGUGAUGGUCUUGGGAAUGGGGUUACCGCAACAUCAAAUGGGUCACCCUUUUCCGUACCGUCUCCAGUUUUAAAUUUAAUUCUCCAUUACAACAUUCGACGAUUACAGAAUUUUCUAUCGAUUUUUUCAAAAAAAAAAAAUAUUUUGAUUUACAGGCAAUUUGCAACGCUGGGUAAACCGACGUCAUCAGUUCGUCCCCAUGUCAUAUUCCCACAACCGCUAUGAUUACCAGAUCGCGGUGAUAUUCGCCAUUCUCAUCGCCGCCUUGUUUCUUCUUGGAGCUGUCGUUCUUGGAUUGUAUUAUGCAUUUGUUGCCAGUGUAAAUUAUUUUAAGCAAACAAGAAUGAUUUAGAAUAUAUUCCCAAAGAACACUUGAUCAUUCUCCUUUUUCUUUUCAGGGUAAAAAACCAAAAGGAGGCGGUCGAUUAACCAGGACUCCGAGUUCAGUCCCAAUAAAAAGCCAAUGGCAGCAGCCCCAACAAGUUUAUCAACCACAAUAUCAGCCACAGCAAUAUCAGAAUGACAACUUUGGACAGCCACAAAACGAAUACCCUCCUCAACAAUAUGGAUAUGAUCCAAGGCAACAACAAGAGUAAGAAAAUAGAAAAUGUUGGAAAUACAAUGUCAUACUUGUUAUCGUCAUUCAUGAAGUGUUUUAGCUAUGAAUACGAUCCAAGAGUCCAAGGAGACACAAGCGCCAAUUACUCCCAGCCUCCAACUGGUCAGUCUUACCCGUCAGAGACCUUGCACACGGUCAAGGUCCGAGAAUUACAGCCAGAAUACAUUUAUCAACAGGUAAUGCCUACUACGACAUAAAAAAUCCCAUUGCCUACUAAAAACUUUGUAAAUUUCUAUUUAUUCAGGGACCAGUAACCUGGACCACAACCCAAACAGUAGUCGACCCCAACAAUUACAAUCAAGCAGUCCAGCAAGCUCAAGGAAAUCUGGGUCCCUCUUAUCACAUGUCGUCGGUUUAG